UCUGAAUACUUGAAGGUAUACAAGGAUGUUAAAUUGAUCUUAUUUUGAGAGAUUAACCAGUUAAAGGUGAAAAGAGUAAUCAUAUACCUCUUGCCAGUUGAUUAGUGUAUACUGUGAUAGAAUACAAUUAUAACACUAGUUAAAAUUAAGAUAUUCAAUCUUGUAGAAUCGAAGAAAAAAUUAAACUUUGCAUGAAAUACUUGAAGGAUCCCAUUCAUUUUCUUCCCAAAAUUAUGUUGUUAUCAUAAGAACUUUUUUUCAUUUUUACUAUCCAACCCCUAGGUUACCCGGACACUUCAUCUAGGUUGCCGUAUCUGUGUCCGACACUCCUCAUAUCUGAGUCUGGGUGGACACUCCUUGAAUAUGUAUAAACAUCUAUUUAGACGUGUACUCAAUAUAUAACACAUGUUUUAGUUUAAAAAAACUCGCGAUACACUUCUUGAACGUACUAUCGUACACCUAACCUCAAAAUUAUGCAACUCGUUAGGCUCUGACAAAUUCGUUUAGUACAUGCCUAGUUCAUAAGUAUGAUUUUAAAGGGUCGUUUGGGUAUCUAGUUUAAAAACGAGCAGUUUUUCAAUUUAUAAUCUACUCAAUGAAAGAAACAGAAAAAUGGUAUAAGAAUUUUAGUUCUCAUAACAUGUGAAAAACAGUAUAGAUCUCAUAUAGAUUAUUAAGUUUAAUAUGUAUGUACAUAGCCAUGUCCCCGAAUCAUUAACUUUUACAAUUUUUCCAUAUCCCGUAUCCGCACCCGUGUUCGUGUCUUCACCCGCACCUGUAUCCAUGUAACAUAGGACAACACGCUUCAUUAGGUUAUAAGGCACCCAAACUCUUAAAACCUAUGCGUGAUAUGUUUUUUAAAAUCUUGAGUAAAUGAGUGAUGACAAGCGGCUAUCUCCUUAUGUAGGUGUGAUGUAUCCUGUCUUCUAUUGCAAAAGCGUCCUAAGUUCAUUUUGCAAGAAAGUGUUCAUUUACGAAAAGCAAAGAUUAUAUUCAUUUAGUUUUAUUGAUCAACGAGUCUGAUUUUCAGAGUAAUUUCUGGUGUUCUCAUUUUAAGAAGUGAUUUCAUACCUUAGGUCAUGGGACAUAGCACACAAUACUAUACAAUAUGUGCAUGAUGUGUACAACGCUGGCCAUCUCCUUUAUGACUCGAAUUUUUCUUUAUAAAAUUAUAGUGUUAUUGCAUUAGACAUUGAAAACUGUUAUACCAUGUGGCACCUCUAAUAGCUAGUUUUCAUUAUGUUCAUUGUUUCAUCAACUGUUUCAACUUUCUGUAGACCUACCAAACUGCACCUUCUCAAUUCUCUGAUCAGUUUAAUUUAUCUGUGUUUUGAUACUCUUCUGGAGUUUAUUUUUCUUAUGUCUUUCCAUGCUUUGUACAAUAUGUUGGGCAGUGGUGGAGGCAAGUGAACUCGUAAUGGACAUUUCUUUGUGUAUCACACACCCUUCAUUUAGCAUGUAUGCAAUAGUGCAACGGAAAAAAGUAUAAUAUCCUUAUUGUGUCAUAUCCUAUACAGCUAAAUUCAUUCUUAAUAUCUUCAGGAUGUCUUGGAUAUGCUAUAAAUUUAUGAUGCAUGAUAUGACACUCGUAUUAAUCAAGUAUUGAAUGUAUGAUCUAGAUGGCUGUAUCUUCAUUGACGUAAUGCAUACAAUGGUAUGUUUGUUUUCUAGAAAAUGAGGUGUGAAAUGGAAAAUUUAUGCAUUAUCAGAAGGAACCUAAUGAUGAUAUAUGGUGCAUCUGACAUUUUGCAGUUCUUCUAUAAUAGCAUAUGCUUUUGAGUUUAUAUAUGCAGUUGCAUUUCCUAUGAAGCUACCUUAUUGUCAGACAGAUGUCUAGUUCAUCAGAGAUGUUGGAGAUGAAAAUUGAAAAUUCUGAGCGACAUACAAGAGAGGAUAAUGAGUAUGCAAGGCUUGUAAUGCCGACUGAUACAAGAACAAUUGAUACCCAUGCUCAUGAGCCUCUUCAAGAAGCUAAAUAUAAAUCAUUUUCCUGGUGGAUGAAGGUUUUAGUUGGUAGCUUGCUUUUGAUAGUGCUUACUUUGAUCCUUUUAAAAUGGGGAGUCCCAUUUACUUUUGAGAAGGUUCUCAUGCCAAUUAUGCAAUGGGAAGCUACUGCUUUUGGGCGGCCAGUUCUUGCUCUUGUCCUGAUUGCAUCCUUAGCUUUAUUUCCAGUAAUCUUGGUCCCAUCCGGACCCUCCAUGUGGCUUGCAGGGAUGAUCUUUGGCUAUGGCCUCGGGUUUGUUAUAAUCAUGGUAGGGACUACUAUUGGCAUGGCUUUGCCCUUUCUCAUUGGCACACUAUUUCGUGAGCGCAUACACUCAUGGUUGAAGAAAUGGCCCCAACAAGCAGCUGUUAUUAGGUUGGCAGGGGAAGGAAACUCACUCCAACAGUUCAAAGUUGUCGCACUCUUUAGAAUCUCUCCAUUUCCAUACACAAUCUUUAAUUAUGCUGUAGUGGUGACAAGUAUGAGAUUUGGGCCGUAUAUGUGUGGUUCAAUUGCUGGAAUGAUACCUGAAGCUUUUAUCUACAUCUAUAGUGGGAGAUUGAUUCGAACUUUGGCCAACAUGCAGUAUGGAAAUUACAAGAUGAGUACAGUGGAGAUAGUCUAUAACGUGAUCUCGUUCAUUAUAGCAAUAGCUAUAACAGUUGCUUUCACUGUGUAUGCAAGGAGAGCUCUAAAUGGGCUCAAAGAAGCAGAAGGCGACGGCAGUCCUGACUGUCAAGGAGGUUCCGUUGAAAUCGAGAAAUUACCACCUCAACAAUUAAGAACUUUAUCAUCUUCCUUGGAUGGUUUUGAUGUAUAGCAUUAAUGCACUGAACAAUUUGACCCAUGUCGUGUUUGUGUUGUAGAGUAAUACAUAAGAAGAAUAGGUGAUGGAUAUAGAAAGCAUCCAACAUCAGAUUGGAGAAUGGCUUCUUCCAUUUUGUAUAUCCACUUCUUUGGCUUUCACGUUUCAGCUCUGUGACGGCUUAAAAAUGCAUAGCUUAUGGGCUCCAGUCUCUCUUGUAAAUGAUCUUAAUGGUAAAAUUUUUUAUUUAUUGGUGAAGUUUGGGAAA